UGUGGGACCAGGGGCAAACGGUCGGGCGCUAAUGUCUGCAACACCCGGUGUUUGAGUUGUGGGAUGGAGUUUCGUUGACUGACAGAAACGCUACGUGAAAUUUCUAUUGAGUGUCUCUGUCUAUUAACGCAGUGAUAUCUAUCGGGAGCGCUCCUCCGGGAAACAUGGCGGAUAUUAUUGUCGUCAGGGUACAAUCCCCUGAUGGGAUGAAGAAAAUUGCUUCUACCAAAAGGGAGACAGCUGCUGCUCUUUUAAAGAAGGUGGCCAAAGAGUUUGGGUUCAAUACCAACGGGUUUUCUAUUUACCUGAACCGCAACAAAACAGACGAGAUCCUUUCCCAGAACAAAUCUCUGAGCCUGCUUAAGAUCAAGCAUGGCGACAUGCUGUAUCUGUUCCCUUCGGCAUCCCCCUCCUCUUCUGGGGAAGUCAUGGACACCGCCACCCCUCACUCAUCUUCAUCCCAACCGUCCGUCUCGUCUUCUUCAUCCUCCUCUUCAUUCUCUUCUUCUUCUUCGUCCUCCAUGAUCCCACGGUCGUUCUCGGCGCCCCAGGUCCAGGAGGACGAGAUCGAUCAGUAUCUGACCAAGCAGGACGGGAAGAUCUACAGAAACAAAGAUCCACAACUAUGUCACCAUGGUUCCCUUGGCAAAUGUGUGCACUGUGUACCGUUAGAGCCUUUUGACGAAGACUACCUGAAUCACCUGGACCCCCCCGUGAAGCACAUGUCAUUCCACGCUUACCUUCGGAAGCUGACCGGCGGAGCGGAUAAAGGGAAGUUUGCAGCUCUAGAGAACAUCAGCUGUAAGAUCAAGUCUGGCUGUGAGGGCCACCUUCCUUGGCCCGAGGGGAUCUGCACCAAGUGCCAGCCCAGCGCCAUCACACUGAACAGACAGAAAUACAGACACGUGGACAACAUCAUGUUUGAGAACCACACCAUCGCCGACCGCUUCCUGGACUUCUGGAGGAAGACGGGCAGCCAGAGGAUGGGCUACCUGUACGGCCGCUACACCGAGCACAAAGACAUCCCGCUGGGCAUCCGGGCCGAGGUGGCCGCCAUCUACGAGCCGCCGCAGAAUGCAACUCAGAACAGCCUGGAACUGGUGGAGGAUCCUAAAGCUGCAGCUGUGGACGAAAUUGCAGCCAAACUGGGCCUCUGCAAGGUGGGCUGGAUCUUCACUGACCUCCUGUCUGAGGAUACGAGGAUAGGAACCGUCCGCUUCACGAGGAACCAUGACUCCCACUACCUGAGUGCAGAGGAGUGCAUCACAGCCGGAUACUUCCAGAACCUACACUCAAACCCGUGCAGACUCUCUAGAGACGGACACUUUGGCUCCAAGUUUGUGACCGUGGUGGCGACAGGUGGUCCAGACAACCAGGUGCACUUUGAAGGGUACCAGGUGUCCAAUCAGUGCAUGGCUCUGGUGAGGGACGAGUGUCUUCUGCCCUGCAGAGACGCUCCGGAACUGGGCUUCGCUAAAGAGUCCAGCUCCGAGCAGUAUGUCCCAGACGUCUUCUUCAAGGACAAAGACAAGUUUGGGAAUGAUGUCACGUUUCUAGCUCGGCCACUUCCUGUGGAGUACCUCAUCAUAGAUAUAACUACCACGUUUCCAAAGGACCCCCAGUACACCUUCUGCUCCACACAACGCUUCCCCAUCGAGAACAGAGACAUCCUGGGAGAGACGCAGGACUUCCACAGUUUAGCGACGUACCUUUCCCAGUGCUCCUCCACGGCAUUCCUGGACAUCGUGUCGGACUUCCAUCUGCUCCUCUUCCUCGUCACCAAUGAAGUCAUGCCCCUGAAGGACAGCAUUGGCCUGCUUCUGGAUGCUGUGAGGACUUCUAAUGAAGAUCUGGCUCAGACCUGGAAGAAGUCCGAGCAGUGGGCCACCAUUGAGCAGCUGUGCAGCACCGUGGGCGGGCAGCCCUCCAGCUCUCAGGGUUACGGGGCCACGGGGGGCCCCUCGGUCCCGGCCUCCUCCUCGGCCAUGUGGUCCUGCCUCCACUGCACCUUCAUGAACCAACCCGGCACGGAGCUCUGUGAGAUGUGCAGCCUGCCUCGAAGCUAAAGACCCCCCCCCCUGACUCGCCAGUGACAUCGCUGCACCAGGACCAGAUGCGAAAUUUGGACGACCUCCGCCCCCCCCCUUUUUGUUUUUUUUUCUUGCCCCCACCUCACAGACGUGAAAGAGGAUGCACUCGUUUACAUCAAAUUCAUCCAGUAAAUCAGAUAAAAUCCAGACUGUUUCUUUUGUAUCCCUCACUGGGCCCCCCCCCCCCCCAAACUGAUUAAUCAGCCCCCUCAAAUGAACGCUGCUGUGACUACAGGCAGCACAGACUGGAGUGUUUGGAUGCGUUUCUGGAUGAAUCUUGCUGUGUAUAAAUACAAUUGAGGAAUGAUGUUAUUUAAUGAAGCUUUUGUUUGUUUUUUAUCAGAAUCGAGCCUAGUUUUACAUUUUGAAUCUUCGGCGUGGAUCCACUCGCUCACUUUGGUCUCUUUGAAAAGCCCCUUAAAGUACAAUCACUCAGACCCGCAGGUAGAGAGAGAGCUUCUAUUUUCAGCAUUAACUUACUACAGAAGCCCCCCCCCCCCUCAAACUCAUCCUCCACCUGCUGCAGAAGUCAUGUUGGUUUGUUGUAGCUUCUGCACAAAAUGCAGCUUAUUUUCUGAUAAAAUGACAUCAUCUUCAUCACAGACUCGGUCUUCCUCUCAGUGGCCCCCGGCAGGUCACCAGGGGGAGGAAAAGAUGGCUGACAUUUCCCCCCCCCCCCCCGUUUAUUCUCACGUCCGCUUGUCCUUUUUAUUGAGGCUGCCCUCGAGACAUUUUUUUUAUUCAACUAAUUGAGUAAUUUUCCACAGAAGCACCACUUUAAAUCUUUUGUUUUUACCAGCGAUGCUCUUAAGUUUUUGGAAAUAAGCAGAAAAACCCCAUAAAUAACGAAUGAUUGGACUGAACUUUGGAGCCAACGCUUGAGCUUCUUCCAGCAGGAGCUUUGUGUACGAGGCGGAGCCCCCCCCCCCCCAACUUAGACUCAUUUCACCCCAAAACGCUUCAAAUAAAACAAACCCAGCAUUCCCCCCCCUCUAGUGUGUAGCACCGAUCAGAGGUCGCAGCGGUCUCCAUGGAUACGGCCGGUGGUGAUGAUGAGGAAGGGUUUCCAUCCUAGAUGAGCGCAACCUCCAGUGCGGCUGUGAGAAGGUUCAAAGGUCACGGGCCUCCCGGGUUCAGGCGGCGGCCGUGGAUCCAUCGAUGAGCCUCUCUGAGCUCGACGUUGAUUCCAUGGAUGAAGUGAAAAUAUUAUUUUAGUUGUAGGUUCAUUUUGAUUUUCUUUCCCCGGUGUCAUGAGUUCUGGACCCUUUUCCUCUUUCUAUUGGCCGGGCGCUUUGCUGAGCUCCACGAGGACCCUCCCACUUGUGUGCUGUUGGAUUUGAGACAAAAUAAUAAUAAUAAAAAGAGUUGUUAUUGCAGGUAACAA